AAGGGCCAGGGCCUCAGCCGCGGCGCACGUGAGCGCACCAGGAAGCCGGCGCCGGGCAGCCUGCUUGACAUUUGCUUGCUUACCCGCACUCAGCCGACCAGAGGCUUCCAUUCCGAUCAUCUGAUCUGGGGGGAAACCGAGGCCCGCGGGAGGGCACAACUUGCCCACGCACUCCAGUAGUUGGCCGGUGCGCGGUGGAUGCCAUGAGCUGCUAAAAGUGAGCCUGGGUUUGCAGCUGCGGUAGGGUGCGUGGUGUGGGGGGCCCAGAGCCAUGUCGGACCUCCUCCUCCUCGGCCUGAUCGGGGGCCUCACUCUGCUGCUGCUGCUGACCCUGCUAGCCUUUGCCGGGUACUCAGGGCUGCUGGCCGAGGUGGCAGUGAGUGCUGGCUCCCCGCCCAUCCGCAACGUCACCAUGGCCUACAAGUUCCACAGAGGACCCUAUGGCGAGACCGGGCGGCUGUUCACUGAGAGCUGCAGCGUCUCCCCGAAGCUGCGCUCCAUCGCCAUCUACUACGACAAGCCCCACGUGGUGCCCCCUGAGAAGUGCCGCUGCGUGGUGGGCAGCAUCCUGAGCGAAGGUGAGGAGUCGCCCUCCCCCGAACUCAUCCACCUCUACCAGAAAUUCGGCUUCAAGGUGUUCUCCUUCCCUGCUCCCAGCCAUGUGGUGACUGCCACCUUCCCCCACACCACCCCGCUGUCCAUCUGGCUGGCUGCCCGCCGUGUCCAUCCUGCCUUGGACACCUACAUCAAGGAGCGAAAGCUGUGUGCCCACCCUCGACUGGAGAUCUACCAGCAAGACCAGAUCCACUUCAUGUGCCCACUGGCACGGCAGGGAGACUUCUACGUGCCAGAGGUGAAGGAGACAGACCGGAGAGGCCGGGAGCUCGUGGAGACCAGUAACGCCCACGUGGAAGGCACAGGUGUGGAAGGAGCCGAGGGGAUGAGUGACACGAGUUCUGUAAGCCUGGAAGUGAGCCCCGGCAGCCGGGAGACUUCAGCCGCCACGCUGUCGCCUGGGGUCAGCAGCCGUGGCUGGGACGAUGGCGACACCCGCAGCGAGCACAGCUACAGCGAGUCAGGCGCCAGCGGCUCGUCUUUUGAGGAGCUGGACCUGGACGGCGAAGGGCCCUUGGGACCCACAGCUGGCCCCUGAGGCUGAGCCCUUGGGGGCCACCAAGUGGCCCCGGGAGCCCAGUACCCCCAGAGGGGCGAGGAGUACCUUGCGUCCACACCGCCCAGUGGUGCGUUGCCAAGGAGCCCAGCAGACUCUCCAGACCUCUUCCUCCUCCACCUCCCGGGCCCCAGGCCAGGGCUGCCUGAGGGACCCGACUCCCCGCUAGGCCUCUAGCUAGCAAAGGCUUCUCCUCACUGCCCUUUCCGUUCCCAGAGCUGGUGGAUCCAGGGAUGGUUUUCCGCAUCAGCCCCCAGGGCUGCUGCCCCGGUUGUAUCUUUUUUCCAGACUCUCAUCGGAGCUUCCAGGGCCCAGAAUAAAGCAAAUUAUUUUCUUGUCUCA